GGGUGGAAAGGGGGGGUGCUACCCCGGGCGGUACAACGCAGGGUGGGUCAGAUAUCUCGUAGAGUGUUGUUGCUGCAGGUGUAUUUGUCAAAAUAUCUAGCGAUUCCACCAAAUAUCGCCCGAAACGAGGUGAAAACUCUACAACUUUAGGGAUGUGUAACUAACCUAAAAACACAACAUUACAAAGAAUCAAAACCAUGGAAGUCCCCAUGCCAAUGGCAGGUAAUGCCAUUGACUGUUACGAGGACAUGUUUAAAGAGAUAACGAGAAAGUUGUACGGCGAAGAUGGUCUUCCAGAGUUAAACACCCUCGAUAGACACAACGGCCAACAAGAUCGAGGGUUAACCCCCAUCGACUACGAUGUGGAGACGCCGAUUUUGAAGUCCGAGGAACAUAUAACCGCUUUUGGAUUAGCUGCGUUGAUGCAAAAUGGAUUCCCACCGGCGAGUAUAUUAAAUUCGCAGUUUCAACAGCACAGAUCAAAUCAGAAUUAUGAAGAUAAAUGGGUGGUGAACGAGGAUGGUUUGAAUUGGACCCAAUCAAAAAUUGCAAGUUACAACGGUGCGCAAAAGCUGUUUAGAUGUACCGAGUGCGAAUGCGUUGGCUACAUGCCCAGGGUGGUUGAGCAUUGGUUGGGAACCCACUCAAAUCUAAGAGUCUUUCAAUGUUCGCAAUGUCCGUACGAAAGCGCGUGGGUGAAAUGCGUGAGGACGCAUUUAAGUAGACAACACAACAUUAAUUCUGAGGAAACGAUCGAUUUACUCCUAAAAAAUAAUUUGGUACAUCAAGAAUUAACAAGGUACCUCCAACAAUUAAAAAAUAAAGUCGAUAGUACCUACCUUAAACCAGCUUCUUCAACAACAUCCUUAGACGAAUACCAAAACGUUAACGUCAACAGGCAACCUCAACAAAAUCAGCACGUUUCCAGCAACGAAGCUAAUGGAAGCGGUGGAAAUAAACGAUAUUCUUGUUCUUAUUGCCCAUAUGCAACGGAUAGAAGGGAUUUAUUUACGAGGCACGAAAACAUCCACAGAGAAGAAAAACCAUUUCAAUGUUACAUCUGUCAAAAGCAAUUCAACAGAGCAGAUCACGUAAAAAAGCAUUUUUUAAGAAUGCACAGAGAACAUCCUUACGACUUAAAUAGGAUAAGAAGACAUCCGCCCAAAAACGCCUCCGGGAUGUCGUAUUACCAAAAAUAUAAUUCAACAGGUAUCCAAGAACCAACGGAACAAAUGAAUUUAAACCUAGGAAUUAGCAACUCUUUAGCAAUCGCCAACAGCUUCAAUAAUUUAGCUAGAAACUCGCAAAAUCGAACGACUGACGUCAAACCCGGCAAUAAACCCCACAUCAAACCAUCGGGGAAGAAAAAAGGCGAGAAAAGAUUCAGCUGCUGCUACUGUUCUUGGUCCGGAGUAGAUAAUUGGUGCCUUAAACGGCACAUGAACACCCACCUUAAGCCUUUCGUUUGCGGACUCUGCGAUUACAAAGCUGCAAGAUCCGAACGAUUAGCUACUCACGUUUUAAAAGUUCACAACAAACGAAGUUGUGGGAAGUGCAACUUUUUGGCCGAUGAUCCAGCCCAACUUUCUGCUCAUCAACAGGAUCAUCAUCCUUUAGAUCAAAGAAAUGGACGAAACGGUAAUGUUUUAAGAAACUCCAGCUAUACUUCUAACGUACCAUCAGCCAACACAACAACUACUAAUCAAUCUUCCAUAAAAAGUCACGAAUUAAAUCCAGCUUCCGUACUGUUACAACAUAACAAUCGUCUUCUUCAGCAAGACUCAAAAUCUUGGAAGCCUCACACUCCAAAACAACAUGGUGCAGCAAGAUUAUUUAAUUACAUGGAGGCAAGCGACGGAUCGGAACCGGAAGCAGACUCGAAAGGUGCGGAAGAUAUGAGUAGAGUGAACUUAAGCCAUAGGAUACACUCGGAUUUUCCUGAAGCGGGAGAUGUUGGUAGCUCUCUGGACGAGUACGAGGAAGACGAAGUGGAACUUCCAUUGUUCGUCUGUCACACGUGCGGCUGCGAGUUCGAGGACGACGGCUCUUUGGCGACUCACAGUCACAUCCAUAACCACGGCGCCGCAUCUCCCGCGAAAUUCGACGAUUCGAAGGAGAAUAUCAACCCCAGGCACAAUUACAGAUGCCAAAUUUGCAAGUCCACAUUCGUUAAUCAACAAAUGGUGAUAACACACAUGAAUACACACUCGACGUUGUCACACAACUCCCAAAAUUCUUCGCAAAAAGAAAUAAAGAGACCGAGAAAACAAAGUCAGCCGAAGAAGGUGUUGUCGUUGUUUCAAAGUCAAUCCCAAGUUUCUGGAAAAGGAUUGGGCGAAUUGGUUGACAAGCACAUGGCCCAAUUCGUAACGGCAAAAACGUAUUGUUGCAGGAAAUGUAGAAAUGCGAAAAUAUGUCAGUUUAGGAGAAAAACAGGUCUGAUGUUGCACGAGUACUGGAGACAUUCGAAGAGGAAUUUCGCUUGCGAACAUUGUAACGUUAGUUUUAAACACCGUUACCAAGUAGUUUUACAUUCAAGCAGGGUUCAUGUAAAAAGACCGUGUAAAAGUGGCUCUGACGAUACGUUACCUAAUCAUUUAAAUAACGCGGUACCUGAUAUUCCUUCUUCAACAAAUAGCGUACAUAAACUGGGCGUACCAUUCUUCGAUCAUUCGUUUUUACAUUCGAACACUGGAAUUAACAAUCACAUGCCUAUUAUCAUCCCUACGUUUCCACCUAAUUAAUUUCGUCGUUCUUAUCUAAUGAAGAAAACAGAUUUAAAUGCUUUUUGAUUGGAAGUAUUGUUGGUUGUAAAAUGGUGGGUAUAGUUCCGAGAUUAAAUAUAAAAAAUAAAAUAAAUGGAAGCAAAAUUAACAAACUUAACGAAUAAAAAACCAUUGAAAAUCAUACAAGAAAGUGACCUUUGUGAAUUUUUUCAAUAACAAAGAAAUAUUCUGUAGAAUAGCUAAUAAAGAAAUAUAAAAAAAUGAACAUAUUUUCUAGUACGUUUGUCGAAAUGAUAUAUGAUGACACAAAAAUAGUUUUGCAAUAUACAAGCUCAAACUACCGAAGGGGUUUCAAACGUUUACGACGAGUGGAUUACGAUAAUAAAGACGUAUACGUUUAUUAUAUCGCAUUUAAUGUCGCAUUACGGUUAUAUUAUUACAGUAUUUUAAUCGAUAUCAUUGGGAUUAUUAUUUAUCUUGUUUACAAAUAUUUGUUUUAUUGUCUUUGUUAUCGCGAACGUGCAAUUUUGUUAAAAUUAUAAUCCCGUUUUUGUUAACAUUUCAUUAGUUUUGCUUAUGUGCAAUUACUUUAUGUACUAUUUAUCGAUUUAUUAUUAGACUUAUAUACGGAACAAAAUCAUAAAAAGACUGUAUUUUAUUUAUAUUAUUUA